AUGGCUUCUCCAAGGUUAGAAACCUACUGCUGCCCAAACCGGGAUGCAGCUACACAGCUGGUGAUGAACUUCCAGCCUGAAGUCUUCUGCGGAGUCUGCAUUGGCAGUGCCUCCAUCAGCCUGCUACUGACCAUCCUGCAGCUCCUGCCAAAGAAAGGACAGAGUCCACGGAAGAUGCCCAAAGCCUCCUCCUCCUCCACCAUCCUUCUCCUUAUCUCUAUUUGUGACAUCCUUGGAAGCUUGGGUAUGAUCUUCAGGUCAAGCGUAUGGCUGGGCUUCCCGGCCUUCAUAGCUAACAUUUCUGUGGCCAACGGGACUGACGUGUGGCCUUCCACUUUCUGUGUGGGGAGCGCGAUGUGGAUCCAGCUGUUAUAUAGCGCUGGCUUCUGGUGGUUGUUUUGCUAUGCUGUUGAUUCUUACUUGGUGGUGAGAAGAUCAGCUGGACUGAGUACAAUUGUUCUGUACCACAUGAUGACAUGGGGCCUUGCAGUGAUGCUCUGCGUGGAGGGGAUUGCUCUGCUUUACUACCCUUCUCUCUCCAGCUGUGAAAAUGGCUUGGAACAUGCAAUCCCACAUUACAUCACAACCUAUGUCCCACUCCUGCUAGUGCUUGUGGCCAACCCAAUCCUGUUUAGGAGGACAGUAUCAGCAGUUGCCUCCUUACUGAAAGGGAGACAAGGGAUUUACACAGAGAAUGAAAGACGUCUGGGGACAGAGAUCCAGAUGCGCUUCUUCAAAAUUAUGCUGGUAUUUGUUAUUUGCUGGUCAUCCAAUAUCAUCAACGAGACCCUUUUGUUCUAUCUUGAAAUGCAGCCAGAUAUCAAUGAAAUGCCCCUGAAAAACAUCAGAAGUGCUGCACUGAUCACCUGGAUUAUAAUGGGGGUUCUUAAUCCCAUGCAGGGCUUUCUCUUCACAUUAGCUUUCUAUGGCUGGACAGGAUGCAGAGUGGACCUGAAAUGGCGAAAAAGAGAAAUACCCUGGGAAUCUUUGUCCUCAUCAACUGUGGGGGAAAAUGCCUAUCCCUCACCAGUGAACUACCAAAGCAACAUCCAUGAUUCCAAGAAGAUCUCGACAACUGACAGCCAGCAGACUGAUGAGGCCAUAAGCAUGUUGUCUGAAGGCAACACCAGCAGUGACGAGAGAUUAACCAGAAGCUCUCCCAUCUACCAGGGCUGGUAG